AUGGCUCCUACCACCACCCCUCCAGACCCCAACAUCCUCCGCCGCUGCGUCGAGCUCGCCAGGGAAGCCCUCGACGCCGGCGACGACCCCUUCGGCUCCGUCCUCGUCGGCGCCGACGGCACCGUUCUCCGGGAAGACCGCAACCGCGUCAACACGGGCGAGGACGGCGAUGGGAGGCGCGACGCCACCCUCCACCCGGAGUUCACCCUCGCGCGCUGGGCGCAGCUCAACCUGAGCGCCGCGGACCGCGCCGCCGCCUCGGUCUACACGUCGGGCGAGCACUGCCCCAUGUGCGCCGCGGCGCACGCCUGGGUCGGCCUGGGCCCGAUCGUCUACGUCUCCUCGAGCGACCAGUUGGCGUCGUGGUUGAAGGAGCUCGGCGCCGGGGCUGGGACCAAGGUCAGCCCGCUUCCUAUCAAUGCGGUUGCGCCAAACAUUCCGGUCCAAGGCCCGAUCCCUGGGUUGGACGAGGAGGUCAAGGCCCUGCACAAGCGAAACAUCGAGCGGCGGUCGUGA